AAAACAUUUCCAACAAACUUUAUGUAAGCGUUCACCGCCCCAUCCAGUUUCCCCUCUUCAUUCUGAGAGCACAGUUACUCGGAAGUAAUAAAUACAGAGUGAGCCAUUACACAACAUUUCCAAAUUUGAACACCAAAGGUUCAUUGUCUUUUUCCGUCCAUCAUAUCUAGAUCUGAUGAUUUCUAUUUGAUGUACACACUGUGAACUCAUUUCUUGAAAAAGAAAAAAAAAAAAAAAAAAAAAAAAAAGAAGGGUUAUCAGUUGUGAAGUGUGAGGAUGCUAAUCUACGGCCCCUUAACACCUGGUCAGGUGUCAUUUUUUCUUGGAGUUGUGCCGGUAUGUGCUGCUUGGUUAUAUUCAGAGUAUUUGGAGUACAAGAAAAAUUCAGCAUCCAAAGUUAGGCAUUCUGAUAUCAAUUUGGUUGAGUUGGGAAAUGAAGCAGUCAAGGAAGAUGAUAGAGCUGUUCUAUUGGAAGGAGGUGGUCUUCAAUCAACAUCGCCUAGAAUCAGAAGUUCAUCUGUGACAUCUCAGAUUACUAGGUUUUUCUUGAUGGACGAAAAUUUCUUACUUGAAAAUCGAUUAACUCUGAGAGCAAUAUCCGAGUUUGGUGCCCUUAUGACUUACUUUUACCUAUCUGACCGUACAAAUCUAUUUGGUGAAUCGAAGAAGAGCUACAAUCGUGAUCUUUUCCUCUUCCUCUACUUCCUUCUCAUCAUAGUCUCAGCAAUCACUUCUUUUACGAUCCACCGUGAUAAGUCACCUUUCUCCGGAAAAUCCAUAAUGUAUUUGAAUAGGCAUCAAACUGAAGAAUGGAAAGGAUGGAUGCAGGUAUUAUUUUUAAUGUAUCACUACUUUGCUGCCACAGAAUUUUACAAUGCUAUACGAGUUUUUAUAGCUGGGUAUGUAUGGAUGACUGGAUUUGGAAACUUCUCUUACUACUACAUCCGCAAGGAUUUCAGCAUUGCAAGAUUCACUCAGAUGAUGUGGAGGCUUAAUUUCUUGGUAUUCUUUAGCUGCGUUGUCCUUAACAACAAUUACAUGCUAUACUAUAUAUGCCCCAUGCACACUCUUUUCACUCUGAUGGUUUACGGGGCCCUUGGUAUAUUCAACAAAUACAAUGAAAACGGAACAGUUAUUGCCGUUAAAUUCAUUGCCUGCUUCUUGGUUGUUAUUCUGAUGUGGGAAGUUCCAGGAGUCUUUGAAGUGGUUUGGAGCCCAUUUACUUUCUUCCUUGGAUAUGCUGACCCAGAUCCUUCAAAACCAAAGCAGUCUCUCUUGCAUGAGUGGCAAUUCCGUUCAGGUCUUGAUCGUUACGUAUGGAUAAUUGGGAUGAUAUAUGCAUAUUAUCAUCCAACAGUAGAGAGAUGGAUGGAGAAACUUGAGGAAACCGAAGUGAAGCGUAGGAUAUCAAUUAAAGCAACUGUUGCCAUAGUGUCACUCACGAUGGGAUAUCUUUGGUAUGAGCACAUAUACAAGCUUCCGAAGAUCACAUAUAACAAAUAUCAUCCAUAUACAUCUUGGAUACCGAUAACUGUCUACAUAUCCUUGCGGAAUGUUACCCAAUAUUUUCGUAGCUACACGUUAACCCUUUUUGCAUGGCUUGGGAAGAUCACUUUGGAGACCUAUAUAUCCCAAAUCCAUAUAUGGUUAAGAUCUGGUGUGCCAGAUGGACAGCCUAAAAAGUUGCUAUGUUUGAUCCCCGACUAUCCAUUGAUGAACUUCAUUCUUACCACUGCCAUAUACGUUGCAGUUUCUCACAGAUUAUUCGAAUUGACAAACACUUUGAAAUCCACAUUUAUUCCGAUGAAAGAUGAUAAACGUCUUGGCUACAACAUAGUUGCAGCUUUAGUAGUAUCAGGUCUUCUAUAUGUCUUGUCCUCUGUAUUUCUAAGGGUACCUCAGAUGCUGGUGUAAAAGUGUAUGUAUAUUAAAUGAAGGCAGAUACAGUUUGUGAGCCGGCUACAACGGCUACAUUUUCUUUUUACAUGAUUAAACAGAGAAGAUAGAUACCCAACUGGGUUAUAGUUCUUAGUUUAGGAUUCUUUGUCUAUAAAGUCUGGCUCUUCAACUCAAAUUUUCAAUUGAGCAGUUUGUAUUUUCCACAUUUGCUUAGUCAUGUUGUAAUGUAUACCUUUUAACUGAGGCGAUGUCCCAGUUUACUUAACAAUAUUGUUCUACCACAGUAGUUUAUUUAGAGUGAAUUCACCAUAGAAAGGAAA